AUGCCGGCUACGCCAGCUGCGCCCGCCGAGCCCCGCGAGGAGAAGCGCAAUGGCACUAACACAAUCGGCGACACGACUCUACUCCAGUCGAAAGAGCAUCGCGACCUGCUCGAUGUGAUCGACCGGCUCCGAUCGCAGGGCCUCAGCCGGUUCGUCGACCUGCCGCAAAUCAUUGUCUGCGGCGAUCAAUCCUCAGGCAAGAGCUCCGCCCUAGAAGCCAUAUCGGGAAUGUCCUUCCCGACAAAAGACAACCUCUGCACGCGCUUUGCGACGGAACUAAUUCUUCGGCGCAGUCCCAAGACCGGCGUGGCCAUCAGCAUCCGCCCGGGAGCGGACCGGACCGAUGAGGAGAAGAAGAAGCUUAAAGCUUUCAAAUACAAGGACACGCUCGAAAAUCUGGAUCUUGGCCGCGUGGUCGAGGAGGCAAAGAGUUCCAUGGGACUUAAUAACGGCAGCAGCGAUCGUGUGUUUAGCGCCGACGUCCUUUGUGUUGAGAUCUCGGGGCCCUCGCAGCCGCAUCUUACCAUGGUAGACCUCCCCGGUCUUUUUCUCGCUGGGAACAAAGACCAAUCCCAGACAGACGCCGCUCUUGUGGAAUCGCUGGUGCUAUCAUACAUGAAGAACCGCCGUACUAUCAUCCUCGCGGUGGUGUCGGCCAAGAGUGACUUUGCCCUCCAGCAAGUCACCAGUCAUGCUCGAAAGCAAGAUCCCGAUGGGACUCGCACCCUGGGCCUCAUUACGAAACCUGACACGCUGGACAAGGGUUCGGAGAGCGAGCGGUAUUAUAUCGAUCUCGCUCAGAACCGUGAUGUGCACUUUCAGUUGGGCUGGCACGUUCUCCGCAACAGGGGCUUUUCCGAGCGCUGCCAGUCUAGUGGUGCUCGCGAUGCUGCCGAAGCAGAGUUUUUCUCGACAGACCCAUGGAAAACCCUCCAGCCCUCCCAAAUGGGCGUCGGCGCGCUCCGCACGCGGCUAAGCAACGUCUUGCGGGGCCAAAUCGUGAGCCAGCUACCCGACGUGCUCGCAGAUAUUGCCAAAGGAAUUGAGGAAAGCAAUCAUACCUUGCAGAAGCUAGGAGACUCCAGGGCUACCCUCCGCGACCAGCGCCAGUACCUUAUCACAAUCGGUUCUGAGUUCAUGAAGCUUGCCAAGGAAGCGGUGGAUGGCGGGUAUACCGAUCCUUUCUUCGAAGACUCUGAUCAUAAGGACCGGCGGUUGCGCGCGGUCAUCCAGAAUACCUUGUCGGACUUUGCUCGAGAUAUGAGGUUGAAAGGUCAUUCGGUCUCCAUCGCGGAGGGAUCUGAACCAUCGAACGGUAAAACUCGUCCCCCGACGAUCAGCCGCGCGGCAUACAUCGAAAAAGUCAAAAAACUCAUGAUGGAGAACCGUGGCCGUGAGCUCCCCGGCACAUACAACCCAAUGUUAGUUGCUCAAAUGUUCAGGGAGCAGUGCCAACCCUGGGAGGCUAUGGUCGACAGUCUUCUUACCCGCACUUUCCACUCCGCUACCCGAGCCGUCGCAGCCAUCCUUUUGCAUGUAGCGGACAAGGAGAGGGCCGCAUCGCUUAGCCGCACCGUCGUUGGACCACUUCUACAACGCAUCCAGCGCGAGCUACGGCAGAAGGCCGAGGAGGUCCUGAGGCCGCACAUCUCGGGACACCCGAUCACGUACAACCACUACUUGACCGACAACGUGCAGCGCGCACAAUCCGACAGGAGGCGGGCGCGGAUGGAGCAGCGCAUGAAAUCCUUUUUCAAGGCCGGCAAGAUUCCCGAUGGCAUCGCCAACCACAAGUUCGACAUGAGCAUGUUGCUCAGUGACCUGGUCGACAACACCGAGCCCGAUAUGGAUACUUACUCGUGCUCCAUGGCUGUUGAUACAAUGGAGGCGUACUACAAGGUCUCUCAAAAAACCCUCAUCGACUCCAUCAGCACGCUUGCCAUCGAGGCUUUCCUAAUGAAGAAGUUGCCGUCCUUGCUCUCGCCCAAGGUCAUAUACGAGCUGCCGGACAGCGUAGUCGAGCGUAUCGCGGCCGAGAGCCCCGAGUCAGUGGCCGAACGGGCCCAGGCUGGUGAGAAACUGGCUGUGCUGGAGGCUGCGCUGUCUGAACUGCGUCGGAUGGGGAUAGAUGGGGACACUGGGGGGUUGGAGGUCGAUGAUGGCCAGGUGUAG